AAGUGACGAAUGCGGAAGUGUUCAUGUUGUGUGUGGUUUAGUUGCGUGUAGUCAAACAAAAUGACCGAGUCCAAAGCUAAAAAUAUCAGCGCCAUUCCAAUCGAUGGAUUCAGUAAUAUUCGCGUCACAUCAUUAUGGAGCUUUCUACAGUCUGUUGACUGGACUGAAUCCUGGCUGAUUUGUCUGCUGGCCUUCCAUGUCUUCUGUUUUGCUUUCACCGUCCUGUCCUGCAAAUACUACCGCCUUCAGAUCUGUCAUUUUCUCUUGAUGGUUACAAUGGUUUACAGUGCAGAAUAUCUGAAUGAGUUGGCAGCGAUGAAUUGGAGGUCUUUUUCAAAGUUCCAAUACUUUGAUUCAAAAGGAAUGUUCAUAUCACUAGUAUACUCUGUCCCGCUCUUGCUCAACACAGUUAUUAUUGUGGCUGUGUGGGUAUGGAGGACCUUCUCAACCAUGACAGAAUUGAAGAUUCUGCAGUUAAAGAGAAAAGUUGCCAGAGAGAACAACAAGAAAACACAAUAGAAGACAUGAACAGGACAUGCACCAUUUCCUAAUGUUAUAAUGUCCAGAUGUGGAGGGCACACAUGGUGUUAGGAUGAGGUUAAAACAAAAGUUGCGGUGAAUGUUCUUAAGUGUUUCUUUCAGAUUACUGAUGGAUGAUUACUCCACCUACUAGCAAAUGUUUUUAUUAUCCAAUACCUAUUGGACAAAGCCUUCAACUGUAUUAUGCAACUGCUUUGUGUACAUAAAAAUAGACCAUCCCAGAGCUCAGUUUUGCUUAUUUGUCCCUUGUUAUCGAGUGCCGAACAUGUAAAUUGUGUAUUUAUGGGAAUAAACUGAAUGUUUUUUUUAUAUAGA